AUGGACGCAAAAGGCCGAGUAUCAAAACUCAGCCAAAAUUCUGGCCUCCCCAGGAAACCUAUCACAGGCGAGGAUGCACGACGUCUGUACGAUCUCGUCCCCCUUGUUCCUCGUCCCACGGCGCGCCUGAUCCAGUCACCCAAGCCCAUCCCUGAAGCCAUCCCUCAAGCCAUCCCUCAAGCCAUCCCAGCGGCCGCCAUCCUCGACCUCGUCCACGCCUGGGGCGGGCCUUCUCGUCACACCUAG